UUAUUCAGGACACAACCAAAGUUAUCAUGACCGCCGCUGGAGUUUCGGAGUUGGCUGCAUUGGAGGACCUUACACAUCAUCGCAUGGCCAUGAAAACGGUUGGGGUGGAGCUUGUGUGGUUCUCCUGUGUACGUGAGAUGCUGGAUGGGAUCAUCGGUGUUCUACUUGGCCUUCAGAAUGGUUACAUGAGACGUGGUCUCAUCCAUUGCGACGUUAGUGACGGCAACUCAUGGCUUCGAGUCAAGGCUGCCUUGCCUCAAUUUACUGUCCCAGAUUGGCCUGACAGCGCCAGUAAUGACUGGUAUCCGCAACGCCCUGGUGUUCUAGGAGACUGGGCGAUGGCUGAAGACGUGCAAAAUGGAGAGACUGGAAGGACCACAAAAUAUUUGACGGGAACAUAUCCUUAUCAAGCUAUAGGGAGAAUCAUACGGCCUGAGGUACCGCAUGGUUACAUGCACGACUUGGAAUCGGUAUUCUGGAUGUUAUGGUUGAUUAUGAUCAACUGCGAAGGUCCCUACUGUCAGCAAAUCGACUGGAGUGAGAAAGAGAAGGAAACUGUGGUAACAGAGACCGACAAUAAACCUGCAUCCUCAAAGCGCUCAGCGUCUCAGAAGCAGAAGCAUGAAACUUUAUCAUCUCAUCAGUACAGUCGUUCCUCAUCACACAAUCCUGGCCACAGUACGUCUGACUACCAAGAGGAUCUCCCUAGCAACGGUACCAAGGGAGGCGUCCA